UCACUAGACUUCCCUACGUUGGAAUUCUACAUAAACCCAGCUCAUCUUGAGCUAUACUCAACAUACACACAUACUCUUCUCUCUUUUUCUCUCUCUCUGUCUCUCUCAAACUUUCCUGAGGUUCUUUUCCAGGCAACCAAAUAAAGAAGCAUGGGAGAUAUACUACGUGAAGAACAGAUUGUUGAGUUCAAAGAAGCGUUCUGUCUCUUUGACAAAGAUGGCGAUGGUUUGUUUUUCCUUCAUGCGUUAUGCUUAAAAUUAAUGAAGCAUAAUUCUAGUAUUAGUCCUGCGUUAAUGGUAUUACUAUUUGCGUGUUUGUUAGGUUGCAUUACUGUGGAAGAAUUGGCUACAGUGAUUAGAUCCCUGGAUCAAAAUCCAACGGAAGAAGAGCUCCAGGACAUGAUAAAUGAAGUUGAUGCUGAUGGAAAUGGAACUAUUGAGUUUGCAGAGUUCUUGAACUUGAUGGCCAAGAAAAUGAAGGAAACUGAUGCAGAGGAGGAACUCAAAGAGGCUUUCAAGGUUUUUGACAAGGAUCAAAAUGGGUACAUCUCAGCUACUGAGCUGAGGCAUGUCAUGAUCAAUCUUGGUGAGAAAUUAACUGAUGAAGAGGUAGAGCAGAUGAUCAAAGAAGCUGAUUUGGACGGUGAUGGUCAGGUUAACUAUGAUGAAUUUGUCAAAAUGAUGACUACCGUUGGAUGAAAAACUAGUACUACUUCAUCAACGAUUUGAUUUGAUCAAGAUGUAUUUCAUUAAUUCUGAAUUCAAAAUUCGUUUUGUUUCUAUCUCCAAGAAGUGACCAAAAGUUAAUUAGAAUUACUUGGCAAUUUACUAGUACCUUUUAACUUUUGUUCAAUAUAUUUCCGCAUUUUAUUCUUGCAUUCUAUUUGAAUUUUCUUUUUGUAUGUUAGUCUUAAGUAAUUUUGUUA